AUGAUGCCUACAGCUAAAGGCAUGUCCCAAAUGAUACCCAAUCACGUUCUGAGAGUGGGUCAAACUAUCCGGCUGGACUCCGCGCAGGAGACAAUCAAUAAACAUCCCAUUGUCACAGAGCCCAGCAGUAACCAUGGUGACCCUGAUCUUGAUAUUUCCCUGGACAAUCUCAACCAGCUGAUUCUGGAACUGGAUCCUACGUUUGAACCCAUUGAGAUCAACAAGAGUCCCCUGUGCAUUAGCCCUCCUACAGACGACUCAGAUGAAGAUGUCUCCCACUGCGUGUUGGUCCCUAGAGGAUGUUCUCCCCACUUCCUGUCCACUGUGGUCCCAUCUGUGUCACCCAGCAUAGCCAUCCCUACACCCAGCAGUGUCAGCUGCAGUCCCCACGGCACCCUGGUGUUCUCUAGCUCCCCGACAUCCUCCCUGCCUCCGCUGCCAUGUGGAAGUGCACCCCGACGAACUUCCUCAUCGAAGCAUGAUGUAACGCUGCGCAUGUCCCACUCAAACAGAAACAGUGCUGUCUCACUCCUCUCUAUGUCAGCAUGCUCAGACACCAGCUACAUCCUUGGCAGCAACCUGUCCCUGGCCAGUGAAGAUGCUGACUCUUUUCCAGAGUCCAUCUUUACUCCCACGUCCGGGUCCUUCAGUGACGGGUCCAGAACGAGGCCAUUUGAUAACAGGCACAGCCCUGAAAAGCCCCCGCUGUUUAAGCACGGACAUCUACAGGAGCAUCACGGCAAAGCACAGAGUAGUCCUGCUUCACUCUGUGGGUCUUUGAGCGAUAUCCCUCGACUGCUGAUCAACGGUGAACCGCAUCCGGAUAUGUACAUAGAGUCUCCUGGACCAGAAGUUGACUUGAUACAGACCAUCCUUGCGUCCAACUCAAAGCCAAUUUCUCCUCACAGUUUCCAAGCCCGUUUUAAUGGCAGCCAGCCCUCAAUGAAGUUUGUCAUGGACACUUCCAAGUUUUGGUUCCGUCCACAAAUCAGCAGAGCAGAAGCUGAAGCCAUGUUAAAGGAUAAGGAAGCAGGAGCAUUUGUGGUGAGAGACAGCACCUCCUACAGAGGCAGCUUCGGUCUGGCUAUGAAGGUGGACCAAAUGGCUGCCAACCUCACCACUACAGCUCACCCAGGAGAGAGCAGUUCAGAUCUGGUCAGACAAUUCCUAAUUGAAUCAUCAGCUAAGGGCGUACGCAUCAAAGGCUCUUCUCAGGAACCAUACUUUGGUAGUCUCUCUGCCCUGGUCUACCAGCACACUGUUUCUGCUUACGCCUUACCCUGCAAAUUACUGCUCCACUCCCAAGAUCUGGUCGCAGCAGAAGAGAGGGCAAAUGACAAAUCAAAGAAUCAAACAGCUUGCAAUUUCGUCUACCUGAACGCUGUCCCCACUGAGAUGCUGACGGGCCCCUGUGCGGUGCAGAAGGCGGUGUCCUCGACACUCGAGAAGGCCCCGGGUUCCUUCAUACCAACCAUAGUGAACCUGAAGGUGUCUUUGAAGGGUGUUACGCUGACAGAUGUCAACAGGAAGCUGUUCUUCAGACGCCAUUACCCUGCUCACCUGCUGAGCUACAGUUGUGAAGAUCCAGACAGUCGACUGUGGCUGAAAGGUUCCAGCUUUGGUGCAAGGACGUUUGGCUUUGUGGCAAAAGGUGUGGAGGCUGGCAUGGAGAAUGUAUGCCAUGUCUUUGCAGAAUAUGACCCCCUGCAGCCUUGCAACAAAGUCAUUGAAGUUAUUCAGGCUGCCAUAGCCAAGCCAUAGACACGCAAGGACUGAGAGAACAUGAUUCAGCAAGGAAUGUUAAAGCCCUCGCUACAAUGUCUCUCUUUUACUGUACUUUUCUCUAGUAACCCGUCCAAUAUGGUUGUCAUCAUUAGUCUCUACUGCUGUUGUUAAACUUGACAUGUUGCUUGUAUCUGCCGGAUUACAAUACCAGAAAAAUCUGAUUUAAAAGUGCUUAGGACGACCCAGACCAUGGUCACAUGAUUAAAGUCAAAAGACAGGUGUAAAUGUGGCAUAUAUGAAGAUGUGCAAGACUGAACAUCUGUCAAGCAGCAACAUAACAGACAAGGAACCAGCAACAUAUGAUUGUAAAUGGCUUGCUGCUACUGUUAAAAUAAUUUAUAACCAGUUUGUAAAAAUGUUAAAACAAACUCAACUAUAUUUUUGUAAUAUAUGAAGCUCCCAAGAAUAAUUUAAAAAUAUGUUAUAAACAUAGAUGGUAAAGCAGUUGAUUUAUCUUCUUUCUAAAUGUUGAAUGAUUCCCAUGUUCC